UUGGUUAAAAGCAGGCAAAAUGGUGACGUUAAUUCACACUUUAGCAGAUCACAGUGACGAUGUCAACUACUGUGCCUUCUCGUCGUCGAGCUUGGCUACUUGCUCCCUGGACAAAACAGUUCGUGUUUAUUCCUUAAAGGACUUCACCCAGCUUCCUUACUCGCCUUUAAAAGGCCAUACAUACGCUGUCCACUGCUGCUGCUUCUCUCCAUCAGGGCACUUUUUAGCUUCGUGUUCCACAGAUGGCACUAGUGUGGUGUGGGACGCUGGCAGUGGUCAGAUGCUGGCGGUGCUGGAGCAGCCCAGCAGCAGUCCUGUUAGAGUCUGCCGAUUUUCUCCUGACUCCACUUGUCUGGUGUCAGGGGCAGCGGAUGGCAGUGUAGUCCUUUGGAACGUGCAGACGUUGAAGCUGUACAGAUCUGGGAAUGUUAACGAUGGUUCCUUGGUGGCCUGUGCAUUUGCUCCUAGAGGAAACUUCUUUGUCACAGGAUCAUCGUGUGGUGAUUUGACCAUUUGGGAUGACAAAAUGAGAUGCCUGUGUAAUGAAAAAGCACAUGAUCUUGGUGUUACCUGCUGUGAUAUUUCUUCACGGCCAGUUUCUGAUGGUGAACAUACAUUGAGAUACUUCCAGAUGGCUUCUUGUGGUCAAGAUAAUCACAUCAAACUCUGGCUUAUUUUGUGUGCAGAUUCCUCAGGUGCUGAAUUGAAACAUAAAUGUACAUUGAAUGGACAUUCUGCCCCAGUCCUGGCUUGUGCAUUUUCUCAUGAUGGGCAGAUACUAGUUUCAGGGUCUGUGGACAAGUGUGUCAUAGUACAUGAAACUAGUACUGGCAGUACCCUGCAUACUUUGUCUCAGCAUACCAGGUACGUUACCACUUGUGCUUUUGCACCAUGCAGCCCCUUGCUUGCCACAGGUUCAAUGGAUAAAACUGUGAACAUAUGGCAGUUUGACCUUAAGCAAGCCUCUGCAGGAAAUGCUGGAGAAAAUGAAUCUAAGGUGGCUGUCGAGGACUGGUCAGAGGAUGAUGUUUCAGCCUGGCUUUGUGCACAAGACUUGGCAGACUUCGUUGGGCUUUUCAAAAUGAAUAACAUUGAUGGCAAGGAGCUCCUGAAUCUUACUAAAGAAAGUCUGGCUAAUGAGUUAAAAAUUGAGUCUCUGGGCCUGCGCAAUAAAGUCCUCCAGAAAAUUGAAGCACUGAGGAUGGACAGGAGGGCCGUUUCUGUUCCUGUCCCUGAUGAGUUUUUGUGUCCCAUAACAAGGGAGCUUAUGAAGGAUCCUGUCAUUGCAGCAGAUGGCUACUCCUAUGAGAGGGAAGCGAUGGAGAACUGGAUCACCAACAAACGACGAUCGAGUCCCAUGACAAAUCUUCCUCUCCCCUCCCUCAUGCUCACACCAAACAGGACACUGAAAAUGGCCAUCAGCCGCUGGCUGGAGACUCAGCAGAAAUAAACCACUGCAUUUGGAACUUGUGGACGUUAACUGACAGUGGAUGUAGCUAAAGGAGACCACUGUGUCAGAAACAAGGCUGCUCCUGUUCUGAUCUACAGCUGUCAUGUAAAUGUGUGAUAGGAAGAAAGUCUUCACUGUUGGAAGCUCUCAGAGAAUACUGAACAGCUUCUAAGUUAUUGGUAACUUAAUUUUGUGGCAUUUCUGUUUUAGGAAAUGGAGUGUUCAGACUCACACAUUUUCAGAUAAGGCUUUCUUUAAAUCCUCACUACUGAGUUUUAUGAGUCUUGAUUUUGCUAAGACCAAGAGGAAGGUAAGAAACAGCCAAGUGGCUAAUCCCUCUUUCUUAUUCUCAUUUUAAACCCUGGGUGUGUGUCUCUCUGUUCCCUGUCACUGAGGAUGGAGGAGAGUUUCUCCUGUAGCCAGCGGCGACUGCGCUCCUCCCACAGCUAUAUUAAUAAUCUUUAUUUUGAAUGGAAAAAAAUACAGUAGCUGUGCAAAAAUAGAACUACAGGACAAGACUAAUAUAGGACAUGUACAAAAUAUCAAAGAAACAGUAAACAAUAAAUAAGCUGAAGCAUAAUGAUGCAAACUCAGGAAAAGGGUUUGUCAAGGUGGGCACAGCUGCUUUCCGUGUCCAGGGAACACAGACAGGUGAAGGUGACCACGUGGAGCUGACCAACCUCGCCGCUCCUGGGAUCCCUCCCCACAGCUGGCGAUUUCCAGAGCAGUCUCACCAACACAAAACCAACCUUCCUCCCCAAAGCUUCACAACUUCACCCUGCACAGACACUUCUCGCCAAGCUCUCGCCCUCG